CUCCGGGCCGCAUGCGCAGUGCCCCCGCCGUAGUUGGGGUGGUUACCCUGCAGGUGUGAGCAGACCCAGGGCUCUGGGUUCUGUUCGCUCCGCCCCGCCCUUGCUUCCUUCCACCGGAGCGGGGUCGCAGCCUUCGGAGUCCUAACCGCUCCUCUCCGCCGGCUUCCCACCGCCGCGCGACUCUCAGGGCCAAAAUGAGUCUAUUUGGAACAACCUCGGGUUUUGGAACCAGUGGGACCAUGUUUGGAAGCACAACCACAGAUAACCACAACCCUAUGAAGGAUAUUGAAGUAACAUCUUCUCCGGAUGAUAGCAUUGGUUGUCUAUCUUUCAGCCCACCAACCUUGCCAGGGAACUUUCUUAUCGCAGGAUCAUGGGCUAACGAUGUUCGCUGCUGGGAAGUUCAAGAUAGUGGACAGACUAUUCCAAAAGCCCAGCAGAUGCACACAGGGCCUGUGCUAGAUGUCUGCUGGAGUGAUGAUGGGAGCAAAGUAUUUACAGCUUCAUGUGAUAAAACUGCCAAAAUGUGGGACCUCAACAGUAACCAAGCAAUACAGAUUGCACAGCACGAUGCUCCUGUUAAAACCAUACAUUGGAUCAAAGCACCAAACUACAGCUGUGUGAUGACCGGGAGCUGGGAUAAGACGUUGAAGUUUUGGGAUACGCGAUCGUCAAAUCCUAUGAUGGUUUUACAGCUCCCUGAAAGGUGUUACUGUGCCGAUGUGAUCUAUCCUAUGGCUGUGGUGGCAACUGCGGAGAGGGGACUAAUUGUCUACCAACUGGAGAAUCAACCUUCUGAGUUCAGGAGGAUAGAAUCUCCACUGAAACACCAGCAUCGAUGUGUGGCUAUUUUUAAAGACAAACAGAACAAGCCGACUGGUUUUGCCUUGGGAAGUAUUGAGGGGAGAGUUGCCAUUCACUACAUCAACCCCCCAAAUCCUGCCAAAGAUAACUUCACCUUUAAAUGCCAUCGCUCUAACGGUACCAAUACUUCAGCGCCUCAGGACAUCUAUGCGGUAAAUGGAAUUGCUUUCCAUCCUGUACAUGGCACCCUUGCAACUGUGGGAUCUGAUGGUCGAUUCAGCUUUUGGGACAAAGAUGCCCGAACAAAACUGAAAACUUCAGAACAGUUAGAUCAACCGAUAGCGGCUUGCUGCUUCAAUCACAAUGGAAACAUAUUUGCGUAUGCUUCCAGCUAUGACUGGUCAAAGGGACAUGAAUUUUAUAAUCCCCAAAAGAAAAAUUACAUUUUCCUGCGUAAUGCAGCCGAAGAGCUAAAACCCAGGAAUAAGAAGUAAUGGAUGGAGACUUCUGCACAUCCAGACUUGUUUCUCUCACUCGGCCUUGUGUCUGUACGAACUGGGGUCCCAGCUUUGGGGAGGUUGUCAUCAUGGAUGUGCAUUUCAACCUCAGACAAGAUGUCAUUGUUUGGCAGUCAGGAGCCCAGCUGGCCACAGUGACCGUCCGUCUCUCCGUUCCACUGCCUGCUACAGGUGUCAUCUGUGACUGAGGGGAUUAAAAAUACCUAGAAGUUAGAAUCAUGUGGGUGACUGCCAGCUUUUCUGAAGUACUUCAUUCCACAGUGUAUGUAUUAGACAACAGAGGGAGGCAAUCUUUGAACCCUGUGCUGUAUUUUAUAAUAAAUACCUUAAAGAUUGCCUACUAAG